GCUGCGGUUUGUUAUCCGCGGUCGUGCCUGGGGCCUGGGGUGAAGGCUGAGUCCGGAGGCCGGGCGGAGCUGCCCUCGCUGAGGCCCCGCCCCGAACAGCCCGCGGGAGGCGGCUCAGUCGGGCCGGGCCGAGCCGGGAUGCUGCUGCGGGCACUAAGCCGCCUAUGGACGGAGCAUCGCCUUCCCGCCAGCCCGGGGCUCCGCUGGGCCGCCGCCGGCCUCCGGCUCCUCUCCUCCGGGGCCAAGGGGCUUUGUGAACAGACGCUGGUGGCAGUGAAACCAGAUGGGGUGCAGAGGAGGCUCGUGGGAGAGAUUAUCCAGCGGUUUGAGAGACGGGGCUUCCAGCUGGUAGGCCUGAAGCUUGUGCAGGCACCCCAGGACAUUCUCUCGGCUCACUACCACGAUCUGGCAGAGAAGCCGUUCUACCCGGCACUGAUCGAGUACAUGAGCUCCGGACCGAUCGUUGCCAUGGUGUGGGAAGGCCACGACGUGGUGAAGGUUUCUCGCACAAUGGUGGGUGCCACCAGUCCCGGCGAGGCUCUUCCUGGGACCAUCCGUGGGGACCUGUGUGUUCACAUCAGCAGGAACGCCGUCCACGCCAGCGACUCAGUUGAAGUGGCCAAGAAGGAGAUCGGCCUGUGGUUCCGUCACAGCGAGCUGGUUCAGUGGGAAUGUUGUGCUGCAGGCAGUACCUACAAUAUAUAAACUGCAACCAUCCGACAACACCAACUACCUCCAUGGACAGUGUCAACAGUACAUUCCGAAGCUAGAGAGCCAUCUGUUACACAAUCUCCUCCGACUUCCCCCGAACCCAGGGUGUUUCCUUCCUCCCCUCACUCUCCUCUUUGAUGUCAGACUGGCUUCAGACCAACCACUCUUGUAAGGUGCCGAUUAGCAAUAAAAUCGUUUGUGCCAAGCGCAGGGAAUCGCUGCCUCAUGUUUGAGGAUUUUUAUCAAUAGACGGCCGACUUCAACAACUUCUAUUGUGUUGAAACUCUUCAUACCUCAUGAAACAGCAAACCAAAGAGUGAAGAAACAGUGAAGUUAGAAUCUCAGGUCUGGGUCUGGCUCUGGGCUUUUGCUGCUGUGAUUCAGACCUGGUACAGGCAAGAGCCCAAAGUAUGACAGUGAAAUAGCCUACCACACACACACAGUGGCCACUCUGUUAGGUACACCUGAUCAGCCAGUCAGCUGGCAGCAACUCAGUGCAUAAAAGCAUGCAGGCAUGGUGAAGAGGGUCGUCUGUUGUUCAGACCAAACAUCAGAAUGGGAAAGAAAUGUGAUUUAAGUGCCUGUCACAAACAAGAGAAAAGCUGCAGAUG